AUGGUGCAAACGCUUGCACCAGCCGGGAAUGCCUUCACCUUCGGCGGAUCCACCACACCGCACCCGCUCAUCUGCCCCGCGCGGCUCGCCGCUCGAUCCAACCUCGACGCCGCCAUGAACGACGCCGACUUGGGCGAUAACAUUGACGAGCGCAUCGGCCAGCUCGAGCGGUCAAAGAACCCCCGCAACAGCGAGAAGCGCUUUGCCAACGAUGUCGCACAUCUCGACCCGAGCCGGUGGUGGUUCGCCUCCUCCGCAUUUCCCAUGAUCGCCGGCACCCUCGGCCCCGUUGCCUCGGCGUUCAGUAUUUGUGCCCUCGUCCGGCCUUGGCGACAGCACUACCCGCCCGGUACCGACAUCACCACCGCCGCUUUUGAGCCGGAUCCGAAAUGGCUCAUCAUCGUCAACGCCAUCCAGCUGGCGAUAGCAAUCAUCUCAAACGUCUUCCUCCUCCUCAACAUGGCCCGCCGCGUUCGCUUCUCCCUGGCCCAACCCAUCACCAUCGUGGGCUGGUACAUGUCCGCCAUCUGCCUUGUCGCUCUCAACGCCACCGCCGCGGGGCCUCUCGUCAUCGAGCCCGCCGAGGAGUACAUCUUCUCACAGGCCUUCUACUACGGCAUGUUCGCCGCCAUCCUCUACUUCCUCACAGCCUCCCUCAUGGUUGUCACCGUCUACGGCGCCGCCACCAGUCACUACGCAAAGGACUUCCAGCUCACCACCGCCCAGCGCACCCUCAUGCUCCAGACCAUCCUCUUCCUCUGCUACCUGCUCGUUGGCGCCCUGGUCUUCUCUACCAUUGAGAGCUGGUCCUACCUCGACGCCGUCUACUGGGCCCAGGUCACCCUCUUCACCGUCGGUUUCGGCGACUUUGCCGCCGCAUCCCCCCUCGGCCGCGCCCUCCUCAUCCCCUACGCCCUUGUCGGCGUCAUUUCCCUGGGUCUCGUCAUCGGCUCCAUUCGGAGCCUCGUCCUCGAGCGCGGCCGCCGCAGGCUCGAUGCCCGCAUGGUCGAGAAGAAGCGCCGCCAGCUCAUCCGCACAAUGACGCGCAAGGGCAAAGACGAGAUCUUGAAGCCCAUCCACCCAGAUACCAACGACACCUCCGCCUCGGCCGCCUCGUCUCCCUCUCUACCCGGCACGGAGCUCGCGCGCCGCGAGGAAGAAUUCAACCUCAUGCGCAAGAUCCAGCACCAAGCCUCGACCCGCCGCCGCUGGAUGGCCAUGUCCGUCUCCUUCUCCUCCUGGCUCGUCCUCUGGCUCGUCGGCGCAAAAGUCUUUCAGGAGUGCGAGCGCCCUUACCAGAACUGGACCUAUUUCGAGGGCUUCUACUUUGCCUUUGUCACUCUCACGACGAUCGGUUACGGCGACCGCACCCCCGUCUCCAACUCAGGUAAAGCUUUCUUCGUCUUCUGGUCCCUCCUCGCCCUGCCCACCAUGACGGUCAUGAUCUCCAACGCCGGCGACACCGUCGUCAAGGCCGUCCGCGACGCUACCCUCGAGCUCGGCAACAUCACCAUCCUCCCCGGCGAACGCGGCUUCCGCAAGGAUCUUAUGUCCGUCCUCCACCGCCUCACCUGCGGCUUCCUCUUCCACCCCACCGACGAGGAUUCCGAUGAAGACUCGGAUGGCGAAGACGACGCGCUCCCGCCGGGCUUCCUCUCCAACGCCCGCCGCAUACGUCGGGAAGAAAACGACGACGACGAUAACGACGAAGAAAGCGACGAGACAGAAGCCUAUUCCACCGUCCUAGACCGCGAAACCUCCCGCGCCCCUCCACCAUUCUCGCCAGAACCAAAAGACUCCCAAGCCCGUCCAUCACCCCGUGACCGCCAAACCACCGCUACAAACAACAACACCACCACGACCCGCCGCCGCCGCCGCCGCCCCUUCUCCCGCGUCCGAGACCCCACCUCCGCCCUCCCAGCCUCCCGCGCAGACUACCACUUUCUCCUCAUCUCCGAAAUCGCCGCCGUCCGCCGACACGCCAAAGAGAAGCCCGCGCGGCGAUACACCUUUGCCGAGUGGGCGUGGUACCUCAAACUCAUAGGCGAAGACGAAUCCAGCUCCGCCACGCACCGCAAGGCGCGCCCGCACAUCCACUCCAAGAAGAAGGCGAAAAAGGCAGCCAAGAAACGACGGCGGAACGGGGUUGUCGAUGAGGAAAACGCAGAGCACACGGAGGCGGAGUGCCCCGACGAGGAUAAGUGGUCCUGGGUCGGCUCGCAGUCGCCGCUGAUGGGCAGCCAGGAGGAGUGCGAGUGGAUCCUGGAGAAGCUUACCGAGAAGCUGCGAGACGAGCUUGACGUUGUCCGCGGCGAGGAGCUCGAGAGGAAGAGUACGGUGGAUCGGAAGCGGGACCUGGCUGAUGAGAGAAAGGGGAGGGACGAGGUUGAUGAGUUGUUGAGAUCGUGA